ACGUCAAUGAAAUAUUAUAAACUCGAUCCAAGUCAUUAUGUAUCAGCCCCUGCCUUAUCGUGGGAUGCGAUGCUAAAAAUGACCGGCGUGGAAAUCGAAUUAUUUACUGAUGGCUCAAUGCAUGAUUUUACUGAAAAAGCCAAACGUGGUGGAAUAGCAAUGGCAUGUCAUCGAUACUUUAAGGCAAACAAUCCGAAAAUGAAAAAAGAUUUCGAUCCAUCUCAAUCUACGACUUGGAUAUCAUACGUCGAUGCGAAUAAUUUGUACGGGUGGGCUAUGAGUCAAUUCCUCCCGAUUGGAGACUAUAAAUGGGUUGUAAGUAGAGAAAUUUUAAAAAAAGAUCCUGAUAGGCAGAAAAAGUACCUCGACCUGAUUCUUAAAACUAAGGCAGAUUCACCACGAGGAUAUUUCUUAAAUAUUAAGGCGCAUUUUCCGAAAAAUACUCAUGAUUAUCUCAACGAUUUACCUCCAGCCGUUGACAAUAUUGCGGUGAAGCGUGAUUGGCUCAGUCCAUAUAAUAAGAAGCUC